AUGUCAGGUAAGCGUCUAUUAGACGCUAUUCAAUUCCUCAAUGUGUCCAAAACCAUUGCAGCCAAACAUCUAGCAAUUCGUCAACAUCAGCUAGAUGUCUAUACACGAACUUCCUCCCUGACUAAGGGUAUCAAGGCCCAAACAGAAGGCCUGAUUUUGACCGCUCAAGCCGCCGCCGCCCUCGCUCGCCGAUUCGACGACUCGCCACCUCCGCCGACCCCGGCACACUCCCCCGAGUCAACGGCCGAUAAGCCCACUGCAACCUCACCCCCUUCCGACCAGGCGCGCAAGCUGCAACGUCAAGCUGAAUCCCAGAUUCCGGCUGAACCCGCGCAGUAUUUUGGUAAUGAGAAACCUGAUGCUUUGAAUGUGAGCCAGCAACAAGAUGUUUUCUAUGAACCUUCCACUCAGUCCAGGCCGAAUCUCUCAAGUGUGCCGAGAGUGAAGCUCCCCCAGGUCGCGAGCGAUUCUCAAGCUAGUAGUGACGAUGGGUUAAAUUCCGAUGUCUUCACCUCACCAGUGUCGGAUAAACCGGCACCGGUCGAGGAGAUGUCAGAGGAAAUGAUCCAGGGUCUCUUCCAUAGCCCGAGAGUGUCGCGUAUGAUCUCUGGAAAAGGACCUCCGAGGAGGGAUUGGAAGCUGGCACGGAAGCCUGAACCGUCAGGCGUGGGCGUUGCGAAGCCAAUUCCGCCGGUCCCUGCGAAAUCAGAGGCCGAGCAGAUGGAGGAGCUCGCAGCGAGCGUGGCCGAGGAUGUCGUACCAAGCACAGAGACUGUCGAAACCAAGGCCCAACCGUACCAAAUGCUGGAGUCACGCGUGCCGUCUUCCCGGCUCGGCAGACUGUGGCAGUACAGUGGCCUAGCGACCUCGAUGGCGUUCGGCGCGGUCGGGGAAGGCCUGCGACGCGCCACUGGUAGUCAGGAUAAUGGCUCGAUCAUGUUUAGUGCCGGUAACAUGGAACGCAUGGUCGCCAAGCUAUCCAAGAUGCGCGGCGCAGCCCUCAAGCUCGGCCAGAUGCUCAGCAUCCAAGACUCCAAUAUGCUCCCCGAGCCAAUCCAGCAGGUCCUCCAGCGCGUCCAGGACCGCGCAGACUACAUGCCCGCCUGGCAACGCGACCAAGUCUUAACCCAAAACCUGGGACCAAACUGGCGCGACCUCUACACAACCUUCAAUGAAGUUCCAAUGGCCGCCGCCUCGAUCGGUCAAGUCCACUCGGCCGUCCUAAAGAGCACCGGCCAACCAGUCGCUGUGAAAGUCCAAUACCCCGGCGUCGCAGACUCCAUCGAUAGCGACCUGAACAACCUCUCCAUCCUCCUCACAGCCUCCCGCCUCCUUCCCCGAGGCCUGUACCUAGACAAAACCAUCGCGAACGCACGCACCGAACUCGCCUGGGAAUGCGACUACAUCCGCGAAGCCGAAGGCGCGAACCACUUCCGCACCCUCCUAGCCAACGACCCCGUCUUCGUCGUCCCCGAAAUAAUCCCCCACGCCUCCGGCAAACAAGUCCUCACCAUGGAAAUGCUCAACGGCACAACCGUCACCCGCAUAACGGACUUCACACAAUCCCAACGCGACUGGAUAGGCACGCACAUCAUGCGCCUGUGUCUCCGCGAAAUCACCGAAUUCCACUACAUGCAAACAGAUCCGAACUGGACCAAUUUCCUGUACAACGCGCGCACCAACAAGCUGGAACUCCUGGACUUCGGCGCCUCCCGCGCCUACCCAGAAAAAUUCAUCACAACCUACGUGCGCACGCUCAUCGCAGCCUCCAAAAACGACCGCCAGAAAUGCUACGACCUAUCUAUAGACCUCGGUUACCUCACCGGAAUGGAGAGCAAGGCUAUGGCAGACGCACACGUCUCCUCCGUCACUACCAUCGCGGAGCCUUUCAUGCUCUCCUCGCCGGACCUGUACGACUUCAGUAACCAGACUAUCACGGACCGUGUGCGUGAGCUAAUCCCGACUAUGAUUCGUGAGCGGCUCGCGCCCCCGCCUGAGGAGACGUACUCCUUGCAUCGCAAGUUGAGUGGUGCUUUCCUGCUUUGUGCUAGGCUGGGGAGCCGGGUGCCUUGUAAGCAGCUGUUUAUUGAUGCUAUUAAGGCUGCCGAGGAAAAGGGGUUGAAGCUGGAUUAG